AAUGAGUAGAAGAAGAAGCGAGCCAGUUCCGCUAACGACUCAUUAGCUCUCUGACUGGAGUGUCUUUAACCACCGCUGUUCUGGUCAAGAAGGCCAAAUAGCGAAAAGCGUCAUGUUGCGUCUGCCGUCCGUCAGCCGGGCUCUGGCCGGAGCUGCCAAGAGUGGCAUGGCUGGUAACACUGUGCGUACUUCGGUGCGUGCAGCCAGCAACAUGGUGGAAGUGUUUGUGGAUGGGAAACCAGUGGAGGUGGAGCCUGGGACGACUGUGCUGCAGGCCUGUGAGAAAGUAGGAAUCCAGAUCCCCCGGUUCUGCUACCACGAGCGCCUCUCUGUGGCUGGAAACUGUCGUAUGUGUCUGGUGGAGAUCGAGAAAGCUCCAAAGCCUGUAGCAGCCUGCGCCAUGCCCGUCAUGAAGGGCUGGAACAUCCUCACCAACUCAGAGAAAACUCGCAAAGCCAGAGAGGGAGUGAUGGAGUUCUUGUUGGCCAAUCAUCCUCUGGACUGUCCAAUCUGUGAUCAGGGAGGAGAGUGCGACCUGCAGGAUCAGUCCAUGCAGUUCGGUGCAGACCGCAGUCGUUUCUCAGAAGGAAAGCGAGCGGUGGAGGACAAAAACAUCGGGCCGCUCAUCAAGACCAUCAUGACCCGCUGCAUCCAGUGCACGCGCUGCGUCCGUUUUGCCAGUGAGAUCGCCGGUGUUGAAGACCUGGGAACGACAGGACGAGGAAACAACCUGCAGAUCGGGACGUACGUGGAGAAGAUGUUCAUGUCAGAACUCUCAGGGAAUGUUAUCGAUGUGUGUCCUGUCGGAGCGCUCACCUCCAAACCGUACGCUUUCACCGCUCGACCAUGGGAGACGAGGAAAACUGAGUCCAUCGAUGUCCUGGAUGCUGUCGGCAGUAACAUCAUCGUGAGCACGAGAGGCGGCGAGGUGAUGAGGGUUAUGCCCCGCCUUAACGAAGAAGUCAACGAAGAAUGGAUCUCUGACAAAACCAGGUUUGCAUACGACGGUCUGAAGAGGCAGAGGUUGACGCAGCCAAUGGUGAAGGACGAUUCAGGUCAGCUGACCCCGACAACAUGGGAGGACGCUCUCACUCGUGUUGCAGGAGCACUGCAGAGCGUGCAGGGCUCUGAGGUUGCAGCCAUCGCAGGAGGAAUGGCCGACGCUGAAGCUCUGGUCUCCCUCAAAGAUCUCCUCAACAGACUCAACUCGGAGAGCCUCUGCACCGAGGAGCUCUUCCCCAUGUCGGGCGCAGGCACUGACCUGCGCUCUAACUACCUGCUGAACUCUCGCAUCGCCGGCAUCGAGGACUGCGACCUGCUGCUGCUCGUGGGAACAAACCCGCGCUACGAGGCGCCGCUCUUCAACGCAAGAAUCCGCAAGAGCUGGCUGCACAACGAGCUGCGUGUUGCGAUGGUCGGUCACGAUGUCGACCUGAGUUACUCAUACGACCACCUGGGAGAGGAGACGGCGGUGCUGACGGAGCUCGCUAACGGCACACACCCCUUCUGCCAGACUCUGUCAGCUGCGAAGCGUCCGGUCGUGCUCGUUGGCAGCAGCGCUCUGCAGAGAGAAGACGGAGCCGCCAUCAUGAGCGCCGUCUCCACCAUCGCUCAGAACGCCAGAACCAGCAGCGGCGUGGAGGACGGCUGGAAGGUCCUUAACGUCCUGCACAGAGUGGCGAGUCAGGUGGCUGCGCUGGAUCUGGGCUAUAAGCCAGGUGUGGACGCCAUCCGGAACAAUCCUCCCAAAGUCCUGUUCCUUCUGGGAGCCGACGCCGGCUGCAUCACGAGAGCCGACCUGCCAAAAAACAGCCUCAUCAUCUACCAGGGUCACCAUGGAGACGCCGGAGCACCGAUGGCCGACAUCAUCCUGCCCAGCGCGGCGUACACGGAGAAAAACGCCACGUAUGUGAACACGGAGGGCCGCAGCCAGCACACCCGCGUGGCCGUCACGGCGCCUGGGAUGGCCCGUGAGGACUGGAAGGUCAUCAGAGCGGUGUCGGAGCUGGCCGGUGUGACGCUGCCGUACGAGUCUCUGGAGGGCGUGCGCUUCAGGUUAGCGGAGGUCUCUCCUAAUCUGGUCCGCUACGACGACGUGGAGGAGGCUAACUACUUCAAGCAGGCUAACGAGCUCGCCAUGGCUGUGAACCAGGAACUCCUCGCUGCUCCUCUGGUUCCCCCUCAACUCUCUGUGAAGGACUUCUACAUGACAGACUCCAUCAGCCGGGCUUCACAGACGAUGGCUAAGUGCGUCAAAGCCGUGACAGAAGGAGCCGCCGCCGUCGACGAGCCGUCAGUCUGCUGAACGCUGAAACAACACACACACACACACACACGGACGCACAAUAAACCCUCUGUCCUCUUCUAUAACACACACACACCUGUGAACAAAUGCGGUGUCGCUCCUUAAUUUAAAGUUGUCCUUGUAAAUGGUUUUCACUCCUGCAGCUGGAGCGAUCUUUGUUGAAUAACGGUGAGAAAUGUAUGCUCUAUGAAUAAAACCCUACGAACGUC